AGCGUCUGUGCAGACAUUUUCCUCUUGCUGAAGGAACGAUGACUACAACUGACUCACCCUUCAACACAACCACGGAUGAAUACGACUACGACUAUAACUAUACCGAUGACUACGAAGAUGAAUUGUGCGACAAAACAAACGUCAUGCAGUUUGGAGCAAUCUUCACUUCAGUGUUCUUCUCCAUUGUGGUCAUCCUCAGUCUGUUUGGCAACAUCCUGGUCAUUGUCAUUCUGGCCAAGUUUGAGAAUCUCAGAUCCCUCACCAACACUUUCAUCCUGAACCUGGCUGUAUCCGAUCUCUUCUUCACCGCAGGUCUGCCCUUCUGGGCCUACUCCCACGUGCAUGGAUGGACUUUAGGGGAACCUGCAUGCAUAACAGUCACCUUUGUCUUCUACGUUGGCUUCUACAGUAGUCUUAUCCUCCUCAUGCUGAUGACUGUUCACCGUUAUGUGGCUGUCAUGAAUCCUCUCUCUGACAUUGUGUCCACCACAGGCUGCUACAGUAUUCUAGCAUGUCUGAUCAUUUGGGUAGUGAGUAUAUCGAUUGCCAUUCCAGGCAUCAUCUUCACCAAAGUGGUCCAGGAUCACUGUGUAUCUGCAAAGAGCUUACUGGGAAUCUACCUGCAAAAUGCUCUCUUCCUGUUGAAUUCAGUGGUGUUUCUUUUUUGCUAUUCUCAAAUAAUGUGCAGGUUGCUGCGUCCUACCGCCCAAAGAAGAAGGCGCAGAACUUUAAAAUUAAUUUUUACCCUCAUGGUUGUUUUCUUUGUGGGCUGGGCACCUUACAAUGUAGUGAUAUUUCUGCGGUCAUUCUAUUACUGGCCCAAACCGCCUGCUGACUCAAAGACUGUAGCAAGACGUUGUUCAGAAUCAGACCCACUGGAUUACGCCUUCUACGUUAGCCGAUUUUUUGCCUUUUCACACUGCUGCCUGAACCCAGUGUUUUAUGUGUUUGUGGGGGUUAAAUUCAAAAACCACUUAAAAAAAAUGCUAAAGGGCUGGAGACACAAAAACAACAGCAUCCGCAAUAGGCAGAGCCGACUCACAAUCACAUCACUAACAAGUGGUGAAGAGUUCUCGAUGUAGCUGGUUUAAGGCUGGUACAGCUACAACACUUUGAUGAGUCAAAAUCGCGUUGUAUGUCCACCAUCUCAUAUAUAAUUGGUAAAGCCUGGACUUCACUGUUCACAUUUGUCCAUGUAUUUUUUCAUUAAGAGUUGUUGUUUGUGUUUUGUGUUGUCUGUUUCACACAGCAAAUGGGUUUUUAGAAAUGAUGGUAGCCGGUGCUGCAUUGGCUAUGUUCGUCAAUGUACACUUAUCAUCUGUACCAAUUACAGUGCGCUUUCAUUUCCCUACCAGUGUUGCUCGAUGUUGAUAUUUGGUUGAAUGUAGGUUGUGUCAUUUGGUAACCGAAUUAAAUCUCAGAAAAACAUCCAAUGCCAGCAUUAAUUUGACCUAGACUACCAACAACAGAUGAAAUAGAUUUUUUGUUGGUUUUAGGUUGUGUUGUUAAAGGUAUAGUACUCCAGAGACUCUACCCUCUGUUUGUAUUUUCUUAUUUUCAUUUUAUUUUCUGUGCUUCUGAUAUUUAUGGGUGCUGUACCCCAACAUCGCUCAGGUGAGGUCAGGGCUUUAUAAAAAGGUGGUGACCAGAUGCCAGACCAUACGCAGCAGGCAUCCAAGAGACACAGUAUCGAAAAAAUGCAAAUAUAGUGAGGCGAAACACCAAACAAGAGUAAAUCUGAGGCUGGCUUUUACUUUUACUUUCACCAGCAAGCAUGUUUACA